AUGGCACCGGCAAUAAACGAACGACUUGCUCCUAGCAACAUUGAAAGCUUUGUAAACGAUUGCCUUCGUGAAGAUUUAAAAGUGUACGAGCAACAGCUGAUUCGACUAAACAAUGAGAUAAUGGAAUACAUACAGUUAAAAAACGUGAUUGAAAAUCUGCCCGAUACAGGAGAAACACUGAAAACUCAGGUCAAUAUCGGGGCAAACUUUUUUAUGAAAGCAAAAGCGGAACGCGUGGAAAAAUUGCUGGUUGAUGUUGGAUUGCGAUGCUAUAUGGAAUUCAGUCCAGAAGAAGCGUUGAGGUUUGUUGACAUGAAGGUCAAAAUUCUUACAAAGCAAGCAAACACUAUCAGGGAUAAAAGCGUGGAAAUAAAGGCAAACAUUAAGCUAGCUUUGCUGGUAAUCGGCGAUACGAAUAAACUUCAUUAA